GCCAGCCUCGAAGCCAUGGAGUCAACCUCCUGCUCUCCUGCCACAGCCCCUCAUCCCCUGAAGAUGUAUGCCUGCGCCAAAUUCGUCUCCACCCCCAUUGUGGUCAGGAGCACCUCCCAGGUGCUGAGCAGAUCACUGUCUGCUGUGGUGCUGAAAAGACCAGAGACACCUACAGAUGAGAGCCGAGGCAGCUUGGCAGCCCCACGUCCCCUGACCUCACUUGUUCCGAGCCGCAGCUUCCAAACCAGCGCCAUUUCUAGGGACAUUGACACAGCAGCCAAGUUCAUUGGGGCUGGGGCUGCCACGGUCGGGGUGGCUGGCUCCGGAGCUGGGAUUGGCACUGUGUUUGGAAGCCUCAUCAUUGGUUAUGCUAGGAACCCUUCCCUGAAGCAGCAGCUCUUUUCCUACGCCAUUCUGGGCUUCGCCCUUUCGGAGGCCAUGGGGCUCUUCUGCCUGAUGGUGGCCUUUCUCAUCCUCUUCGCCAUGUGAAGGAGCCGUCUCCACCUCCCAUAGCUAUUUCUCCUGUGUCUCUUCUGCCCUGUAUGUUCAUCUUCCAGAACUUCCCCAGGCUGCCUGGGGGAAAUGGUUGGCUCAGGGUAUGACAGAGGGAAGACAAAUAAAUACUGUAUUAAUAAGA